GGAGGGACAUCCUCGAGCCUUUUCCUCUCUAGAACACAGCGCUCGCUCUCCUUAACCCUUGGAACUCCGCAGGUGCUGAAAAGGCUGCAGGAGAGACUUGCAUGGGAGGCGUGAUGGUGGGUGGGGGCUCUUGCCAGGGAGAGACAAAAAGAGAGAGACACGUGUCCAGCUCUCCACCUGGUUGAAUCCCGGAUCGCAUGCAUGAUGGAUGAAACCAUCCUCCAUUCAGAAGUGCAGCCCUGCAACUUCAGGACCAUCCAAUACCAGGAGGCUGAGGGUCCCCGAGAACUUUGCAGCAAGCUCCACAACUUUUGUAGGCGAUGGCUGAGACCAGAAAAACACACCAAAGCCCAGAUGCUGGACCUGGUGGUUCUGGAGCAGCUCCUGGCUAUCCUUCCCCCAGAGAUGGAGAGCUGGGUGCGGGGGUGUGGAGCAGAGACCAGCUCCCAGGCGGCGGCCCUGGCAGAAGGCUUCCUCCUAAGCCAGGCAGAGGAGAAGAAAGAGCUAGUUGAGUUGCAGUGCUGCACUGUGGAGAUCAGAGAUCCUGCGGGAAAGCAGAAUCCAUCAAAUACUGCUGAGGAUCCAUUUCUCAGGAGGAUCCCUUGGAAAGGUCCAAGUCAGGACACCUCAGGAGGUAGUUGA